AUGCCGACCUCCUCGCAUGUCGGCGGCGACGGCCUCCCCCCCGGAUCCGCAUCCUCCAUCAUAUCCGGGGUCGUGAGCGGCUACCACUUGCUGAAGAUCGUCGGCUACUCGGGCACCAAGGAGGUCCCCAAUGGCAAGUGGAUCGACUCUUGCCCGUUCCAGGUGGGAGGCCGCACAUGGCAUGUGGAGUACUAUCCCAAUGGGCAAGGGUCCGAGUACAUUGAUUACAUAGGCCUCUUUCUUGCCUGGGAUGAUACCGUCGACAAGGCCGAGACCCUGAAUGCAAAAUUCAAGUUCAGCUUACUCGAUCAACAUGGGAAGCCAGUGCCGUCUUAUACCAAGACCUCCAAGACCAUAGACUUUUCCGUGGAUAAAUGUGUGGGAUGUCCUAGAUUUAUGAAAAGGGUUGAAUUGGAGGAAUCAGAGCAUCUCAAGGACGAUUCCUUCACCAUCAAGCUCGAUGUCACUAUCAUGAGCGAGUGCCACACGCAGCAGACACCGUCCGUCCUGGUGCCACCGUCUGACAUGCACCUGCACUUUGGCGAUCUCCUAUCGAGCAAGGCCAGUGUGGAUGUCGAAUUCGUUGUCGGUGGGGAGACAUUCUCGGCGCACCGGUUGGUUCUCGCGGCACGGUCUCCGGUCUUCAGAGCAGAGCUCUUUGGACUGAUGAAGGAGGGAGCCACUACUGGGGCCAUACGCAUACAUGACAUUAAGGCAGAAGUGUUCAACGCUCUGCUUACUUUUAUCUACACGGAUGCACUGCCCGCUAUGGAUCAACAGGAGGAAUCUGCCAUGGCUCAGCAUUUGCUUGUUGCCGCAGACAGGUAUGCUUUGGAGAGGCUGAAGCUGAUUUGUGAAGAUAAGUUGUGCAAUUGUAUCGAUACGAGCUCCGUGGCGACUAUCUUGGCAUUGGCGGAGCAGCACCACUGCCAUGAGCUUAAGGUGGCAUGCUUGGUGUUCCUCAGCUCGCCGAACAAUCUGGAUGCAGCCAUCGAGUCUGAAGGUUUCGAGUUUUUAACCAAGAGCUGCCCUGGUGUUAUUAAGGAUCUCCUCAAGUCCCAGGUUGCUGCUAGUAUACUUGGGAAAAGAAAUUCUAGGUCUUGA